UCCGGCACAGGUGGCAGGGCUGAGCCCGGGGCCCUGCGGAGCCUGGGGAGCCCUGCUCCAAAACCAAGCCUAAAGCAACCAGCCUUCACCUGGGCGGUGAGUUCACCUCCCUGAAAAUCAAGCUGUUGCCCACCCUGCCACCACCACCAAGCAAGGCUGUCCGUGGCGAGCAUGGACUGUCCGGGGAAGGAAGGCGUGGGGGGAAGGAAGAGGAAUUUGGCCCUGCUGAGGAACAAGCUGUACAUGGGGGAGAGGAGGAGGACAGAGCCCGUGGUGGAGAGCACCACCACCGCCGGGGACCAUGGCACCUUGAGGAGGAGUCAGUCUGACAGGACAGAGUACAGCCAGAAAUUACAAGAAAAAAUGGCCCCACAGGUGGCCACCUCGCCACAGGAGGAUGAAGAACAAGUCAGUAGACGCAUGAUGGCCAAGAGGGUGAAAAUCAUCGCAGAACUCAUGCAGACGGAGAAAGACUACAUCAGCAACUUGGACCUUUGCAUCAAGGAAGUGAUUCAGCCCCUGAGAGACAAGCAGAUUGCUCGCUUUGACGUGGAUGGCUUGUUUAGCAACAUUGAAUUGGUCCAUCAAGUAUCAGCCAAACUGCUGUCAUUGUUGGAAGAAGCCACAACAGAUGUGGAGCCACCCAUGCAAAUAAUCGGGGAAGUGUUCUUGCAGAUUAAAGGCCCACUAGAAGACACAUAUAAAAUCUAUUGCUAUCACCAUGAUGAUGCACACACCAUGCUGGAAUCCUAUGAAAAGGAUGAAGAACUGAAGCAGCAUUUAAGAGACUGUGUACAGUCCUUAAAAAAGAUAUAUGAAGAAGAAGGGAAGCCAAAUCUAAUGGACAUGGGAUCUCUGAUGAUUAAACCAGUGCAACGGGUGAUGAAAUAUCCCUUGUUACUCCAUGAACUCUUGAAUUCAACUCCUGCUUCUCACCCUGACCACAAGGCGCUACAAGAUGCCCUUUUUGCCAUGAAAAACAUUAAUGUGAACAUCAAUGAACUUAAAAGGAGGAAAGAUUUAGUGCUGAAGUAUAGGAAGAAUGAUGAUGAUGAAACCCUUAAAGAAAAGUUUUCCCGACUGAAUAUUCACUCCAUCAGCAAGAAAUCCAAGAGGGUCACGAGCCAUCUGAAAAUACUGACGGGGGGAGAACCUCAGGUGAAAGAUCAAACCUUUAAUAGGGAAGAAAAAUUGUUUCGAAGUUUAGAGAAGGCUGUGAAAUUGUGUGUGAAGAACAUUUCGCUCUCUUCACAACAUCUACAGGAUUCUAUACAUCUGGCUGCCCAGAAUAUAGUUGGGCUUCAGGAAAUCUUGCAAGAUAAAGGUGACAAAGUCAAUGACUGUUUGAAAAAAGGGAACAACACUGCAAAUCUCUGUGAAGACCUUAUGGCUCAGCUGGACAAGCUUAUUUUGACUCCUCUCUCAGCACUACAAGCCUUGUUUUCAGGCCCUCAGAAACUCAUCCAGAAGCGCUAUGACAAGUUGUUGGACUAUAACAGCUGCCUUCAGAGGUCAACCGGAGAAGAGCUGAACCUGGCAAAGAAAGACUAUGAGGCUCUAAAUGCACAGCUAGUGGAAGAACUUCAGGUAUUCAACAGAGCAGCCAAAAAGAUUGUGUUGAACUGCCUACAUUUCUUCAUCACCUUCCUCAGGAAUAUUAUGUCUGCAGCACUUCAAUCAAAUUCUGCUGUGGUAGUGCCUGUUCCACUGUCCUCCUCAAGCAUCUGUGAAGUGCAGAAUCAAUUGAUAGAGGAGGUUCACAAGCUGAAUUUUGUAAAAGAAAACAGCAGUGCAACAUUUAUUGAGAGAAAAUUGAGCUUGGAAAGAAAGAAACCUGUCCCUUCUCCCCUGGAGUCCCCACGUCAAACAGAAGGCCACAGGUCCAAGCUGUUGUCUACGUACAGCCCCGAAUUGCUGUACCAAGCUAAGCGCAAGUGCAAUGCCACUCAGGAAUUCGAUAUUGAUUUACAUGGAGGAGAACUGGUGGCUGUCAUGGAGCAAAAGGACCCCUUCGGAAGUACAAGCAGAUGGCUUGUUGACACAGGAAUCCUUAAAGGGUAUGUGUAUUCCUCCUUCCUGAGGCCUUACAAUCCAGCCAAAGCACAGAAGGAUGUCACAGAAAACGGCUUUAGUGAUGAUGAUUUUGAUAAUAUCAGCCUCUUUGUCUCUUCACGGCCCUAUACUGACAGCAGCACAAGAAGUCCAGGGCACAAGAAGAGUGACAGCAGCUCUUCUCUUCAAAUCUCUGAAAAUCCCACAAUUAAUGGCACAGGGACUGAUGCUCUUCAGGAUAUGGAUGAUCAGCAUACCUUCUAUGCUGUUUACGCAUUUCAAGCAAGAAAUGACCAAGAACUCAGUCUUCAGGAGUACCAGAAGGUUAGGAUACUUCGUUUUUCUGACCUAAGUGGCAAUAAAGAAUGGUGGCUGGCUGAAGCAAAAGGUCAGAAAGGAUAUGUACCAUCUAAUUAUCUCGGGAAGAUGACAUACGCUUAGGAAGAGAAGGGCCCAUCGAGCCAGUCUCUCUGAAGCAAACAGAAUAAUCAUCUGUUACAUUUUGCAGCAAGCAAGGCAAACUCACAAGUGAUUGACAGAAGCCAUGGUAUCCAGCACACAAAUGAUAUUGAGAACCUCCAUCCUCCAAAAGCUAUCACCUUGUCAAGAUCUGAGUGAAGAAUGAUUUAACAGAAAGACUGAUCCUGAUUAACAUCCUAAAGAGCUUGCUUUUCUAUUACCCCAUAAUUUUCUCUUUUGUCAAAGCAUCCUGUGUCAAGAGUCAACCUACAAGUACAAAUCACAGCUGAAAUCAUGUUUUUCUUCCAUAAUAUUUAGCAAAUACUAUUCAAGAUGAAGAGAAUUAGCCUUGAAAAAGGACAAAUUCAGUCAUCAGGGAUACUGUAGGCUGAAUUGUUCCUUAACUGCUUUUUCAAUGAACAUAGAUGGAUCUUAAAACUUGAACUUUUUGACUGUCUGUUUUUAUCCUCAGUCACUUUUGUAAUGAACUUUUUUCUCAGUGGAGAUUAUUGGAUUGAGAAAAGGAGUUUCAUCUUUUAGAAACAUUUCAACUUAAAUAUACCAAGCGUGGUGGUACGAGUGACUGGUCCCAGGGAAGAAGGUAUGUUUAGUUAAAUACGGAAAUGCAGGGGGGAAAAGAGGGGACACAAGAAACAACUACUGUGAAUUAAAGAAGUUACAAUUUUCAAAAGAAUUCCACAACUGCUUUGUAUGGUAUAAACAGUUUGUAGCAAUAUGGAAUUACCCCAGAUUUGAAAUUCCACAUAUAUCUACACACUAAGCAGUUAGUGCAAAAUCUGUGUAGUGAAAUGAAACCUGUAUUAUUAGUCUUGGGAAAUUUAUUAAUUUAAAAAAAAAAAAAAGAAGAAGAAGAAGAAGAAGAAGAAGAGUCAAGCGGUACCUUUGAAUGAAUAUUUAGUUCCUAUCUGAUUCCUUAAGUCAGAUACAGGGAUCAUAUUGUCUAGUGAAUAAGCUGGGAGUUAAGAUUCAUCAAAAUUUCUCUUCCAGAAAAAAAAAAAUCAUUCUCCAAGUGUCUGAUGUUAGAUUGAACAGUGAAGAAUGUAUCAAUGAGCUUAUUCAUUGUUUGCAGAUUCCAGAAUCAAAAGACAUAUUUUGCUAAACUAUCCUCAAAACAGAUGAGGCCAGUUUUACAAGUUAAUACAGUCCACAUUGCAUCCUCAAUGAGCAUAGAAAACAAGACAUCCCAAGGAAGGAGCUGAAUGUCAAGAAGUACUUCUUUAGGUCCACUGACUACAGCGAUCCUUAAGCCAGGCUGGUGUCCUGCACUUAAACCAGACUGAGUAGUGAUAAAAAAUAUCUCUUUGGGAUUACCAGUGAUAACUAAGUGCUUGUCACAAUGUAUUUCAAUACGGCAAUGCCAAGUUCCUCUAGUGAUAACUGAACACCUUCUUGUGCUAAGCACUGCAACAAGGAAACAAAAAAGUGAUUAUGUCUGCAGCAAAUAAUGUAAUUGAAGGUAAACUCCUGUCAGGUAUUUUCUGUAUUGCAUAAUUUCUUACACUGAACAUUAAAAUGACAACACUAUUAAAAUCAAGGUGAGGGUGGGAUUACUGCUGGUUGAGGGUACACAGAAAGUGUUCUAAAGUUUUGUGUAUAUUUCUACUUCCUAUAGUUGAAAUGUGAGGUUUGAAGACGAACUAAUUCAAAAUGCUUAGCAAGAUCUAAUAGUAAAUAACCUGUCAACAAAGAAAGGAUAAGAAAAGUUAAGGCAGUUGAUGCAAACAAUAGUUUUUGCUAUGCUAAUGAACCUACCUUCAUUUUCUUUGAUGUCCUCAAUUUUCAGAUUAUUUUCAUAAAAGGGUAGAAAAAGUCGUCAGUCUUGCUCAGAGGAUGAAUGCAGUGGAUCACAGAGAUUAGAACCUAAAAUUUGUGCUGGAUUAAAUCAUAUAAUAGAGAGACUUUUAGAGUUCUCUGAGAUGGACAUUCAGAAUCUGGUAUGGGAAUCUCUGUGAAUUACUGCUGUCCAGUGAGCAGUAACAAUAGGUAAAGCAUUAUUUUGCCUUAUUGUACUUAUGCUUUGGGCACUGUAAUCUUGCCGUUUCCAUAGCAAGAAAAAAGGGUUCUCAUUCAUUUUAUGAAUGGAUGUAGCUGCUUUUAUGGAAAACUUCGCCUUUAGUUAAAUGAAGUAAAUGAAGUGGAGAGGGAGUAUCAGCUUGGAAAGAUUGGACUGAAAGACUCACCCUUACUAAGCUUGCACUCCUUUGACUUUCAUAUUUGAGAUUAUGGGGAAGAUACACACAAGAAGCUUUGCAGUUAUGUUUUACAAUUUAGAGUCUUUUAUUUGGAGAUGAUCUAUACUUUGCACUAGUUGAAACAGUUUUAGAAAUUACACAAUUGUACUUAAUAGGCUUAAUGCAGUCGUGUAAGCACAGUGAUGAAGUUUUGUAUGUCAGACAGUGAAAUUAAUUAAGGGAAAGAGUCAGUAAAAAAAGAUUUCUUAAGUCUUAGCUCUGAGAACUCAGCUUGAGUCAUAGGGAGAGCUCUGAUUUUGAGUGUUAAUGUAGAUUCCCCAUGAAAAAUCAGGCUCUGUGAAGGUGUCUCAAAGCAUACUUAAAUGCUGCUCUCCAAAAUACUCACUAGGUAUCCUGAUCCUGAAGUAACAAGGAAUGAAGGAUGAAAUAUACUGGAGCUGACCACCUAAAUUUCAUUGAAUUUCUAGGGGACUUAGGAACUCCUCACAGGUCAAAUGAAACCCCAGUGUUUGGUUAGGACCCAUAAUAAUUUUUAUAUUGUGGGGUAAUAUGACUUUAUUUUAGCCUCACAACUUGGGAUCCAGAAAAAGUAAUUCAUUAGGUACACAAGUGGAUUGGCCUAUGCCACUUCAGAAAUUCGAAGUUUUAGCUGUUAUCAUUUGAUAUUAUGAAUAUAUUGCAAACUUUUAUUUUUGUUUAAAAUAGAUGAAUGCAAACAACAAUUGUAAAAAGUUAAGAGAUGCUCCUUGAAUCCAAAGCUGUUUGACAUUAAGGAGAUUUACAAUAUUUCAUAUUAGACUUGUUCAGUCACAUUUUUGUUAAGAUAGUGCUUUAAAUACUAGAAACUGAGCUUUAUUGGGGCUCCAGAAAUUCCUAAGAAUAUGUAAUGCUUUUGCCGCUGUUUUUUUAAAUGUAGGGAAGGGUACAGUAUUCUACAUUAAUGACAAAACUAAUUUAUUUUGAUUGAAGCAGGGACAGGCUGCAGUUUAAUGGACUGGUUUUGUGUUUGUUCAAAUGUGCAUUUUACUUACUUGAACUGUUUUGACAGUAAACAUGUACAAGUACUUCCAAGACUGGGUCCACUCAAACUGAAGGGUUUCUCCAUUUAGGGAGUAUUUUUAAGCGUUGCCAUUGAUAACCUGGAACGCAGAAAAUGCCCAGUCCAGUGAACAGCAGAGUCCUAGGCUCUGACUUCUGGCACCUAUGUGCUUUACCAUCUUCCCUUUGUUUGGGUGGUGCUGUGAACUUCAAGUAGGAGUUCACCUUUUCAAUGCAAACACAGAUUGAAGAAUUAUUCCUUCUGAAUUUUCAUCUUUGGAGGCUUCACUGAGUAAUUACCUCCUUCAAACACUUAAGUAUACUUCUGCUGUCAUUUUAAGAUAGCUUUUAAACAUGAAGAAAAAUGAAGUGGACCUAACACCUGCACUAGGAAGCACAGCCAUGACAAUCCUUGUUCCCGCAGAUCUAUUACUGAUAAUUCCUCUUACAAUAUUGUUUGUUCAGAAAUAGUGAAAAAGUUCUUCUUUAAAUUAUUGCAGUAAUAAAAAUCUAUUUUUGUAAA